ACAACAACCACGAAGAACAACAACCACGGAGAACAACCACGAAGAACAGAUAACCAUAACAUCAACACAAACAUCAACACAAACAUCAACACAAACAUCAACACAAGCACCAACACAAACAUCAACACAAACAUCAAACACCCCUCUCAGCCAGCCAUCUACCACCAGCACACCCUGAAUAAUCCAAAUGUCCCCCUGAGUCUGUCAUACACGUCAGACGGCUCGGUGAUUCAAGAUGGUGCAUAG